AUGCCAUUCAACUUGCAUCAAUCCCAUUAUACAUCUAUAAUAGAUACAACCAUAAGAAAUUCUGCACACAUUUUACAUUCAUCUAAACCGAAUUCUGAUAGAAAUUAUAAAUGUAAAUUAAUUGUAGCAGAUACUAUUGGUAAUGUACAUUUAUUUCAAUAUUGCAAUGGAGGAUUAAAGCAUGUGAAAUUUUCGGUUGAACCACCAAUCACAUGUAUGCGUAUCGGGACAUAUCAAAAUACAGAAAAACAACGUAUCAUUAUUAUUUGUCAUAAUUUUAAUAUAUCUGGAUUUACACUAAAAGGAAAACAAGUUUUUGACUAUCAUUCAAGUAUUCAAGGUUAUGUGAAUUCAAUGUUUAUACAAUCAACAAAUAUUUAUUACACUGUACAAUGUAUGUAUCAACGAUUGACGAAUUUUAAAGAUACUGAAUUUCUUCUAUUACCGGAUCUGAUCACAAGUAUAUAUGUGAUCAAAAAUGAUGCUGUAUGUACAGCGCCGCUGGUUGUUCUUGCUUGUAAAGAUAAAUUAAUACGCAUUUUAAAAGACGGUGUAUUGCUAUCUGAAUUGGAAAUUUCCAGUUCUCCAGUCUGUUUGAAUAGAGCGCAUAAAAGUUACUCGUCAAAUUAUUUAAUGUAUGGAACAUCAGAAGGUUAUUUUGGUCUUUUCCAAGUGACCAGUGAAGAUGCGACGAAACUAUGGGAAGUGUCGUCAAAAUUUGGUACCAAUGAAAUUCUAUCCCUUGAACAUUAUGAUAUGUUGAAUUAUAAUGAUGAUAAUAGCAACAAUAUUGAUUUUGUUGAUGGUGAACAUGUUGAUGAGAUAUUGAUUGUAGCUUUUACAAAUGGAAGAAUUGAAUUGUAUAAAUAUGAUCAAUGUAAAUAUCCAGUACUGAUUUAUGAAACAAAUGUAAAUCAUCAUUUAACAUCUGUAAAAGCUGGUCGAUUCUCGAUUGUGAAUUAUCCGGAACUUUUAUGCAUCACAUAUACAGGUUUAAUUUUUGGCCUAACUACACAACCACUCAAAAAAGAAGCAAUCAUUGAUCAACCUGAUCCAAUGCAACUUCAAUUUAUGUCAAAAAUCAGUAAAUUAAAUGAAGAAAUUUCCGAUUUAGAAAAUCAAUUACAACUGAUGAAAUCCAAUCAAAAUCAAUUAGAAAAAGAGCAAAUCAUUUUAAUGCCGCUGGAAUUAGAUUAUAAAUUUUAUUUAAAUAAAGAAUUAUCUGCUUAUUGUUUAAAUAUAGAAACUCAAAUACCAAUUGAUCAUAUAUUAAUACAAAGUGAUUGUCUUCUGGACUUAUUUGAUGUGGAAGAGAAUACUGCUGUCAGCAGUUCCAGUGAAUGUACAAAGGGUGAUGGCAAUGUAUUAUUAACAACUUAUCGAUGUCAAGUGAAUACAACACAAUUUGACGCGCAAUUUCGUACAGUCGAAGGUCAAUAUGGUCAUUUAUCAGUGUAUAUUGUACCAAAAAUGAAUUUAUCAUCCAUAAUUACAUGUAAAUGUAUCAAAUUAACAAUUUAUCCAUUAUCAUUACAUUGUUUAAUUCAUCGUAUCGAUGAUGAUCCUUGCAAACGAUAUUGGAAUAGUUUACAAUUAACUGGAAAUUUCUCUUUAACAGAAAUGCACAAUUGGUUAUUUAUGUGUUUACCUGAAACACCUGAAAGGCCUACAUUAAGCACAUCAACUACAUUUCAAUGUAAUGAUUAUAAAAGUCAAGAGAUUCAAGAAUUUGCUCAAUUGUUCUAUGAAUCAAUUUAUCUUAAAAGUCAAUUGAAAUGUGUUUAUGCAAAAGGUUAUGCUAAUAUUCAAUCGGACAAUCUAACUACAAUUGCUAUAUUGAAAGAGGUUUUGACUAGAGAAGCUACCAGAAAGAAAAUUCAAUUAUCAAUUAAAUUAGAUAUUCAUCCGGAUAGUGCAGAGUACAUGUUAAAAAUGAUUGACAACAAAUUGGUUUAUCUUAAAAAUUUAGAAGAAAAAGUGCGAUUAAUCAAGCCCAUUACAGAGUUGAUUUCAAACAAAACUCAGCACAUCAAUGAAGUGAAUAAAGCGAAUGGUGUUUUUGAACAAAUUACUCAUAGUGAAAAUCCAUUUCCAGAUUGUUUACCUUUAGAAUAUGCACAAAUAUGGCGAGAUUCGGAUAAAUUAAAACAAGAAUUCAAAUAUCAAUCAUGUCAAUUAAAUCGAUACUACGAGUGUAUCGUCCGUCUCUACAUUGACAAAUAUCAUUUUCAAGGCAAAGAUGUGAGCUGUAGAAAAAGUGAUUUAUUCAAACUUUUGGAAAAUUAUAAUUUGGAUAAAUUAAUUGAUUAUUUUAAACAAGAACCGUCUAUAUGAAACAUUUUUGUAGUUUCUUUUUUUCUAACAAUUUGCUUAUAUGCUUUUAAACAUUGGAUUUUAUGGUAAAUUAUAUCAUAACUUCAAAGUAACUCUUG